GUGUCUGACUGCAGUGGUAGAAGUUUUCAACACUUACGCUCGUUGCUUGUCUCAACAGUGUUAGAAAAUGGCGUCUAUCUUUGAACCAUCGGAGGAAAAAACUAAUGGUACGAAGUUAGCGCGACUGCUUAUUGAUGUAGGAACGCCAGCGCUUAGGAACGUCUUAGAGUCUUUCAUACAUCCGCCUUUAACAUUAAAAAUUAUGUUAAAGAACAACAAGAGGACCCUCGACGACUUAAAGAAUAAGAAACGUGUAUUAAAUGGGAACCAGUGGGAAAAGCUUUUUCCUCCAUCAGGCGACCCACCGGACUCUAAAACAUUUGAUAUCAUUCUUCUACAUUUACUGCUUCGAAAUAUCUGUCCCGCUUUGAAGAAACCUUCCACAGGUUGGCACGAAAUGCCCGCAGACACGGAUCACAGUCGGGAAGCAGAGAUCGUCCGGAUUAAAUACUUCCGAAACAGCGUGUCUCAUAACUUUUCCACCGGUGUUCCUAAUGACGAGUUUGAAGACAAAUGGAACACAAUUUCUCAUUCUUUAGUGGCCUUAGGGGUCGAUCAGCUGGAAAUAAACUGCCUAAAAACACAAGACAUCGAUCAUGGUACACAGCGACGAAUCGAUGAAGAAGUAGAGAAAUGGAAGCUUGAUAUUGAACCGAGAGUACAGACCUUAGAGCACAAAGUUGAACAGAUAGAAUCACGCAUUUCAAGCAAUCAACAACAUAUUUCUGCGCCACUUGUUACUCGUAAGCUUCCCAAUUGUCUUCCAGAUGAGGUUCACCAUGUAUUUGGUCGUUCCGAAGAAAUCAAACGAGCCGUGGAGGCUGUUCAAAGCGGAACAGUUUCUAUUGUGUCUUUAACGGGUGGACCGGGGUUUGGCAAGACCACUGUGGCUAACAAAGUGGCCCACGAGCUGGCAAAACGCGAAAACAGCCGAAGUGUGUUAUUUUGCCCACUAACAUACGAACCAUCACUAGACGACGUAUUUACCGAAAUGAUUCUUACCUGCAGCGCAAGCCCCUCUCAGCUGCCUGAGAAUCCCAAACGCUGGCUUCUGAACUGGAGCAAACAGCAAUCUGGGAAAGUCACAUUGAUUCUUGACAAUGCAGAUCGUGUCCUCGAGUCUGAAGAUCGACACCAGUUUGUGGACACGUUACGGAAAAUGAGGACCCUCUCAAGGCAAAAUCUAACUUUUGUCACUACAUCUAGAAAAACAGUCGAUGUACCCAGUUGUGGUUCAAAUAUCCAAAACAUAAGAUUAAAUUCUCUCUCUUCGCCUGACGCAAUCAAUGUUCUUGUUUCAAGGGCUAGGGAUUCGGAAACGAGACAGAAGCUUUCCCAGUCGGAGAAAAUAGUCUCGCUCUGUGGUUGUGUCCCUUUGGCACUUCGCAUUGCUGGAUCUUUGCUUUCACACUGCGAAGAAGACAAAUUAAUCGAAAAGCUCGCAAAUCAACCUCUGGAUGUUCUUCAGGACAAUAAUGAUUCGGUUGAUAAGACCAUCAAGACCUCCUUUGAUUUCUUGAGUGAAGCAGAACGAAAGGGCCUGACAAUCAUGUCCGUGUUUCCAGGUCCAUUCGAUUCAGAUGCAACUGAAGCUGUACUUCCAGCUGUGAUGGAUUCUGAAAUUCAGCCAGUUUUGAUUCUCCAAUCACUCCAAAACAGGUGUCUCUUGGAGCAGCCAAGUUCAUGUAGAUAUGAAAUUCAUCAGCUUAUCAAAAUGUUCCUCUCAAAGCAUUGUCACACCAAGUAUUCAGAGGCUGUUGCUCAAGGAAAGGAAGUAGCAUGUGCUCAUUACAUGUCUCGCCUUGCUGAAAAUGCAGAUCGCUACUGGGGAAAGGACACUUGCAAGCAGUCCCUGGAUUCCUUUAACAAAGACAGGCACAAUUUUGAGCACUAUCUUCAACAGAGGGGAAGUGAGGGCUAUGUGGCCAUGAAAUCCUGUGAAGCAUUUUUUGACAAUCUUCACCAGAAAUGCAUGUACCUUGAGAUGUGUGUCCAUCCCAGAUUUUACACCCACUUCUUGCAAGAGUUGCUCACGGUUAAUGCUACAGAAAUUAAUCCUGUGCGCAAAGUCGAGCUGUUAUGUCUCCUUGGACGAGAAGAGAGAAAAGUAAGACAUACAGAAAAGUACAAGAACUACAUGGAAGAGGCUUACAAGUUGUAUUCCAAGAACAAAACAAAAUUUGAGAAGUAUGUAAUGUCAGAAAUUACUUUUCUUAAUGGUUAUGCUCGUUUUCUCUCUGAUGAAAAGAUGCCCACAACAUGCAAAGAGGUGUGCGAUGAUGCUUUAAGAAUCUGCGAGCAAAAACUCUGCAAUCAUUUUGAACGAGGGGCAGCGUUGAUGGUUGCUGGAAGAGAGGACAAGCAUUGCAGACGUUUUACUGAAGCCGAAAAAAAGUUCAGUGAAGCAUUGAAUCUCCUCAAGGAGUGUCUUGGGGAACAUUUAAUGACUGCUAAAUGCUUCAAAUUCAUCGCUGACUUGAAAUUAAAUGAUGGCAAAGGCUCUUUGGCAGUUAAGUCUUACAAAGAGUCUCUAGAAAUGAUGGAACACUUGGGCAUGGAUGGCCACAAAGAGACCAUUUUAUUGCUAAAAAACUAUGGAUCUUGCCAAAUGAGCAAUGGUAACUAUGAGGAAGCGAGAGCUUUAUUAGAAAAAGCAGAGCUUGUUGCCGAGAGAGAACUGGUAGAAGAUCAUAUGUGGAAAGUAAGGGUGAAGACAGAGCUGGCAAUUUUGUUUCACAAAGAAAGAAAAGAAGAUCAGAUGAUAGAGGCAAUGAAAAAUGGACUAGAAAUGUGUUACAGACUUGAAAAUACUGUUGAAGAACUGGGUAACAAGCGUGAGAUCCGGAAAGUUCUAAAUGGUCAUCCCGAAAAAUUUCCAAAGGACAAGUACCCUCGCUGAAAAGAAUGGACACCCCUUCAACCUGAAUAAAGAAUAAAUUAAUGAGGAACUUUUAUCCCUUCAUUGAACUGACAUGAAGAUCGGUAUGUUAUUGUUUAAGACGUAUCAUUCUAACUCGAUCUACCUCGUUCUUUUGCAUUGUGGAUUUCAAGCAGUUCUCCUUCAGAAGAGGACGUUUUCUUUUCAGGAUUUUGGAAUAUUUUAGUAAGGAGUAGAAGCACAUGAAAAGAACAGCAAAGUGGAUCUGAUCAAGUACUGACUUUUGAGAACUCUGCUAAUUAAUGGAAUGUCUUGAACACUUACAAACAUCAAAAGAGAGUUUUAUUAUUCAAAAUCUAAUGCAAAAUUUGUACUGAUUUCAUUCAGAAGUAUUUUCCAGGUUGUAACUUAGCCAACCAUAGUUAAUGUUAAGACUGGAGGGGUAGUUUUAAAGGUGACUUUAGGAAAUGUAACACCCUGAUAAGCAAAUGAAUCGAUUUUUAAAUUUUUUUUGUUGGUAAUGUAGACUUACGCAAAAAGGGAAAAUGCCUUUCAGCGUAAUCAGUUACUCAUUAUAGAAAUUAUCCGACUUCAUUCAAAUAGAAGUGUGCCGAAGAUUGAUGCACUUGUCACUGUGUUGUCACCUUCACAGGCAAGCUUCCCAUCAAACUAACCAAGUUGCUUGUUUCUGAGGAGGUAUUCAGUGAAUUUAAAUCUAUUCUUGCUUGAUUAUUUUAAUAGUAAGGGUAUUUCCUCCUCGAUUAGCAAUAUUGCAAAAAAAUCAUUUGUAACAAUGAUUCACGAAUGAGUGACUAAAUAUUCUAUCGGGGAAUAUAUUUUGUUUUUGUCACUAGGUAUACCAGUAGUUCAAAAAGUUUAAAGGAGUAAUAGGCUCAUGUAAGCUGUUACCGUGGACUCACAGGACUGAUAGAAAAUGAGGAAAUAAUGAAAUACAGGUUUCCAGAGAUAAUCCGAUAACACUAAACCAAAACCAGAAAUGUCACAACAAGAUAAACAUUUUUUUUUCAUUAUCUAUUGUAAACAAACAAGUUCAAACUAGCUUGUAAGAAAGUUUGGAAGACUGAAAUGAGACUGCUUCAAUUUGUCAUGACUAUUUUCUAUGACAAACCUUGGGUUAUUUUUGCUUAUUUCAUAGAUAAACAUGCAGGAAAUAUAAAGGAUACAUCCAAUGCUGCACCUUAAUUAUGACCUGAAAUCAUGUGUUUGUGACUUCCUUGGAAAGCCAAUGUCCUGGAUAAUCCUGCACAAUUAUUUGCUAAAUAUACAACAUUUCUUGGAA